AUGGCCCGCUACGACUGGUCUUCCGGCCAGGUCUACCAUGAGCUUAUAGUCAGGCAAGAGAUGCGCGCUCCACUGCCGUGGGAGCACUGGUGUCAGGGCGCCAAACUGUCGAAACAUCGGUCUUCGUAUGGUGCGGACUCUCUCCUUAACUCGGCGUUGCGGAAGGCAGUCUGCAACAUCCGUCACGUCGACCCUGAUACUCUUCGCGCGCUUCCACCUUCGAUCGUAGAAAUUAUAUGGAAAGCUGUCAAGCGAGAGGAGAGCUUUGGGGUCUGGAAGCAGUUCGUCGAAGCAGGCUUUGGGAGUGAAUCAACUCCACAUUUCGCCAGAAUUGGGCGCUUGGAUAAGCCACUCGUCGACCACUUCAUCACCAUGAGAAGUCCUGGAUUCGGGUGGCUAGUCGAUCUGGAGCUUUCUGUUCUCGACUUCUCGCAUCAAGAUUUCAAGUCGCUUUCGGUCCUCCACAACCUCGAGAACUUGACAGUGUUCCGCGAGAGCCCGACCGCUGGUUCUGGGAUAUCUAGCGUCAGCAAUCCCUUCAAUGAUGGCAGCCUCGCUGCGUUAAGCAGCCGGGCAGCUGCUGAAGGCACGCUCACGCGUUUCAGAAGGCUCAUAAUUUACGAUGCGAAAGGAGUCACCGAAAAGUCUUUCGGUAUCCUAUGCAGCUUUCCGGCUUUGGAUUUCUAUUGUGUGGUCGGCACAGGCGUGAAACCAAGACGCAACGCUGUUGCAGGCGCUCAUGGCUGGAUGAGGACUGCCGAGACAUCGCGCUUCUCCCGUUACAUUCAGGAGUACAACCUCAGGUUUCAGUAUGACAACCACGGUCACGCUAGUCUUCGCGACAUUAUCAAGGGUUUUGUGCAGAAACAGCGUUCUGAAGAGCAUUGCAACAGUGCUGUCCUCACUUGCGCAAUUCGCCCCGGCCAGAGUGAAAAUCCCUGCCUUGUCCAGGAGUUAAGCCAGAUCAAGGUCUUCGAAAGAGACUGGAAUUUCCAUGAGGCCGCCUCCCGCGUCUCCGACACGAAGAGGAAAGCACCAGCAGCCGAACUCGACCCGAAGAACGAUUCGCUGGCGAAGAGACGCAAGAUCAAGGACGGCAAGAGAAUCGGGUUCGACCAGAUGUUGGACGGCCUCUGA